GUCGAUUAUGUCGCGGGAAUUGCAAAUUUACUCAUCUUGCGGACAUUCCCUCGCCAGAGACCUUCCGCUUUAAGCAUCAGCCAUCGGGGAUCAAUAACUUCUCAGCUCAUUCCGUCGCUCUUUUUCUGAUCAAUCGCCGGCUAGUUUACCGGCCCUCAGCGGAUCAAUUUAAGGCCAAUUUUUCUUGAGAGUUUGGGAGGGGGAAAAGAUGAGUCAAGUGUUCGACAGUUACGAGAGACAAUAUUGUGAGCUGUCUGCCAAUUUAUCCAAAAAGAUCACUUCAGCUAAUCUCCUUGAUGGAGAACAGAAGAAACAGAAAAUAUCUGAAGUAAUAGGAGGAUUUGAGGAUGGCGAGGCAUUGAUUCGUAAAAUGGACCUUGAGGCUAGGAGCUUGUCCCCCAGCGUGAAGGCUAUGCUUCUUGCCAAGUUGAGAGAAUAUAAAACUGAUUUGAACAAUUUGAAAACAGAUGUGAAGAGAAUCACAUCAGCUAAUGCCAAUCAAGCUGCACGUGAUGAGUUGUUGGAAUCUGGAAUGGCAGAUACUUCGAUGACAUCUGCCGACCAAAGAGCGAGGCUGUUGAUGUCUACUGAGAGACUAAAUCAGUCCAGUGAUAGGAUCAGGGAAAGUCGAAAAAUAAUGCUGGAAACUGAAGAGCUUGGAGUCUCAAUUCUUCAAGAUUUGCAUCAGCAACGCCAAUCCCUUCUGCACGCGAACAGCACACUCCAUGGUGUGGAUGACAACAUCGGCAAGAGCAAAAAAGUUCUAUCUAAUAUGUCCAGGAGGAUGAACAGGAACAAGUGGAUUAUUGUCGGUAUCAUCACAAUCUUAAUUAUAGCAAUACUUCUAGUUCUUUACUUCAAGUUGACCCAUUAACUUGUCAGCUUCCAUAAUUGGAAUCCCUUUUUGUUUUCAGGUUUUUCAUGGUUAGUGUUUAGGUUAUGAAUAUACAAUUUGUUGAUUGAUUAUAAUUGUAAUGCUGCAGAAUCUGUUUUUCCUUUUCACUUUCCAUUGCCUCAGUUCUUCACCUCAUCUGCCGGCUUCUUACUAGGCAGUGAAUUUGAGCAUCCUUGUCAUUC